AGUAUACCUUUUAUCUUACAAUAUUCAAAUAUCUACCUUUUUGUUUUUCUCUACGAUGGCAACGCCAGAUGAAUCCUCCGCCCUGGAGCUCAUCCGAGAGCACCUUCUCGGAGACUUCACCUCCACGGAUUCCUUUAUCCACAACCUCUGUGUCGCUACCUCUAAACCCGUUAAACUUGAGCCUCGAAGUCCCCCGUCGGAAUCUGAGUCCCACUCUCCCAUUUCGGGCCCAAACCGGCAUGACCCAGAAUUCGAAGCCUCGAGUUUCGAAGAAACAGAACAGUUGCUGAAGAAAGCCAGCCGGUCCGAAUCACCUGAGCCGGCUAAAGGGUCCGAGCAGAAGGUGUCGGAUUAUGGCGCUCAGGGCAGGCACUACAGGGGGGUUCGACGCCGGCCGUGGGGGAAGUUCGCGGCGGAGAUCCGUGACCCGACCAGGAAUGGAAGGCGGGUUUGGCUUGGAACCUUUGACACUGAUGUUGAUGCUGCCAAGGCCUAUGACUGCGCUGCCUUCAAGAUGAGGGGUCGUAAAGCCAUACUGAACUUUCCUUUGGAGGCCGGCGAGCCUGCGCUGAACGGAUUUGGGGGACGAAAUAGGAGGAGAGAGAAGAGAGCAGUGGCGGUGCCGGAAUCCGAUGAAGUGACGGUGGAGAGUUGGAUGGUUUGGGAUCAAGCGGAAGAGGAAGGAGGAGGGUACUGUGCUUGAUGAUGCAGACCAACGGUCAGGGUUAUCUCGAAAACCGGUGAUCACCACGUGUUAAUAUGCUAUUGGAGUAUUUCGGUGUUUUUUUGUAAAACUUAGUUAAAUA